UUUGCGGUUGACAGGACUGUUUGGGCAAUGGUACACGCAGACUAUAACACAACAUCAAUGCUGGUUGUAGCAUGCUAUCCUGAACGUAAAUAAAAGCAGUUCUAUAAAUAAUACAAAGCACGUGUUGCAAUUAGCGUACCGUGUGCAGGUAGUUCAAAAAGUCUUAUUAUUGCACAUGAACAGUAAUGGAAGAUGCAGAUCUGGAUGAGAUUAGAGCCAAACGUUUGGCUCAGCUGCAGUCAGAAUACAAGGGAGGUUCAGAUACUGAGAAAGCAGAACAGAGAAAGAGGGAACAAGAUGAGAUGAAGAACACAAUCCUUACUCAGGUUCUCACUCAAUCUGCAAGGGCAAGACUUAACACAUUAAUGAUUGGUAAACCAGAAAAAGGCCGGCUGGUGGAGAACAUGCUUCUUCAAAUGGCUCGCACAGGUCAAAUAAUGAGCAAACUUGGUGAAAGUGAAUUAAUAAACAUUCUUGAAAAAGUCAGUGAGCAGAUGCAACAUAAUACAACUGUCAAGUUUGACCGCCGACGAGCUGCUUUAGACGAUUCUGAUGAUGAUUUCUGAAACUGUUUGCUGAGUCUCAUGAUCUGGAAGAGAUGGGCACCACCACAGAAUGAAAGCUUACAAUGCAUUGUGAUUAAUUCAUCACCAACAUAAGUGACAUUAAUACAGUUUUGCACUUAGUGCACAGCAAAUACUUAUGAAAAUGUUUUCAUAAAACAUUGUACUAACUAAGAAAUAUUAUCUAUGUCCUUAAAAUACAAA